UUUUUCCAACGGCCCGAGAUGUCCAAGGCCGAGUACCGGGCGCUCAAGGCCCGGCUCCGGCACGAGUGCAGCCAGCGGCGCAUCCGCCUCGAAGAGUUUAUGAAAACCUUCGACGUGCACAAGACCAAGAAGGUGACAACCGACCAGUUUGCGCGUGCGCUCGACGCUAGCGGCGUUCGGCUGAGCCGCGCCGAAGUCGAGUUGCUACUGCAAAAGUACCGCGUGCCAGACGCACCGCGGCUCGUCGACUACCGCCGGUUCUGCGACCUCAUCGACAAGAGCUGCACGGCCAAGGACCUCGAAAAGAAGUUUAAAACCAAACUCUCGCUCGAGACGGUGCGCCCGACACAAACCGGUGCGUUCACCAAGCAGCUGCCGACGAGCGAGAGCGAAGUGGCCGCGCUGCGCUCGAUAACGGAGCAGCUCGCCCGCGCCGUGCGCAUCAAGGGCAUUGUGCUCAAAGAUGUGUUUCACGAUUUCGACAAAAACAACUCGGGGUUUGUGACGCAGGCGCGCUUUACGCGGGACCUCUUUGGCAUCCUCGGCGACGUCGACCCGAGUGAGCUCCGCGUACUCAUCAAGGUCUACGGCGCCGGCCUCGACGUCAACUACAAGCUGCUGCACCACGAUUUGACCGACGGUGUCUUUCCUGCGUACAGCAACAAUGGUGUGAAUGCGUCGCCGCGGGCCAAGCGCCGGGGCGGCAACCAGUACGGUUGCACCGAAGCCGACGCGAUCGAAGGCCCGCUGCGGGAGAUUGCGGCCCGGGAUCGAAUCCGCGUCAAGAACUUCUUUACCGACUACGACCGGAUGCGGUCGGGCAAGUGCACGGAGGCUCAGUUCAUGCGCGCAGUCAAAGUGUGCUUUGGCGCGCUCACGCAGAGCGACUUGGACGUCCUUGUCGCCAAGUACGCGGUCGGUAUCGUCGACGUGAGCCACGAGCGCAAGGUCGACUACAUUGCUUUCUGCAAGAGCAUUACGCUCGGCGAAACGCACGACGAAGCCAACGAGCUCGAAAACAACGACGACGACCGGGACUCGCUCAGCGUCGACGUGCCCACGCUGCCGUCGGCCGCCUGCUCCCGCGGCGUCCGCGGCGUGCUCUCCGACACUGAGCUCGUCGACUGGCACGCCCUCAUGCGGCGCCUGAGCUUUAGCGUCACGACGCGCCGCAUUGCGCUCAAGCCUGCGUUCACCGACUUUGACCGCGGCAAGACCGAGUGCGUCACGUGCGAACAGUUUGCGCGGGUCUUGGCGCUCUUCAACUUGCACGUCGUGUCGCCGGCCGAGAAGCAUGUGGUGCUGAAGCGGUAUGCGAGCACGCGCCUCAACUCGGCGCCCGUCGCGCAGCUCGCCUUUGACAACAAGGCGUUCGUCAACUACAAGACGUUCUGCCUCGACUUGGACGGAUACGACGAAUCGAUGCAGCGGCCCGCGUCAAGCGAGCCUGUCAAGCGCGGCGGCAUGCCCAAGGUCACGGACGACGCCCCGUCCGAGGCCAAUGUGCAGCGGACGCUGCCGAUGUUGUUGCGCUACAUCAAACAGAAAGCCAAGCGCGACCGCCUUCGUGUCGAGGAGUAUUUUCGCGAUUUUGACCGCCUCCGCAAGGGUAAAAUCACGCGGGCGCAAUAUGGCGGUGGCUUGCACGCCGCGGGUUUCAUCCUCUCGCCCGAGGACCUCGACUUGCUCGCAUCGGCGUUUCCGUACCAGAACGAAGUCGACGUCGAGGGCGCGUCGAUGGUGGCGUGGACGCGCUUUGUCGAUGAAGUCGAAGCUGUCUUUACCGUCAAAGGCCUCGAGCGCGAGCCGACAAAGGACAUUCCGCACGCGAUCGAAGCCGCCGAGCAGGUCGAUGCAAUCACCGACACGGCGCUCAGUGCGCGGGACGAAGCCAUCGUCAUGGCGUCGCUCCAGACGAUGCUGUCGCGCAUGCUCAACAAGCGCCUCGACAUCAAGCCGUCGUUCGAGGACUUUGACUUGGCCAACCAAGGCUUCAUCUCGCACACCAAGUUUGAGCGCGUGCUCUCGGUCUUCCAGCUGCUGCCGGCCGACGCGCCGACGUGCCGCGCCCUCUGCAUCAAGUUUUCCGAGCGCGGGAACGCACCGAUGCCGGGCGUGAGCUCGACGUGCGACGUCAACUACCGAGCGUUUUUGCACGCGCUCUCGCAGCUCCAAGGCGGUGCGACGCGCGUCCCAGGGGCGCGCGAGUACCGACUGCAGCUCGCGGCCGGAAGCCACAUGGACGGCAAUGCCGCCGCGGCGCUUCGCCGGUCGAAAGUAACGCCGCAUGCGGUGCGCCUUCCGUCGCUGCUCAAGGACCUGCGGCUCCAAGUCGACGCCAAGCGCGUUCGCAUCAAGCAGUUCUUCGCCGAGAGCGACCGACUGCGCACAGGCGACAUCACCGUCGCCAAGUUUCACACCGCCAUCAACCGCUGCGGCCUCGUUGUCAACGCCGACGACGUGCACACGCUCAACGCCGCCUUUGCGUCGACGAGUCGACCGGACCAAAUCGACUACCGCGCCUUUCUGCAAGCCAUCGAGGCGACGUCGCACACCGAGGACUGCCGCGACGAGGUGCCGGCGCCGGAGAGGUCGCCCGCGCUGGACGCGCUUCUCAGCCGCAUUCGAACGGCGGUCGAGUUUCGCCGACUCAACAUGAAGCCGUACUUUGAAGACUACGACCACAACUUCCUCAUGCACGUGACCAAGACGCAGUUUGCUGCCGUGCUCAACCUCAUGCGCAUCGAGCUCUCGCCGGCCGAGACGAGCUUGCUCACGAGCGCGUUCGCCGUGCACCACGGACGCCAAGUCAACCCGGACGUGCACUACCUCCGGUUCCUCGAAGCCGUCGACCCCGUGUACGGACCGGUGCAGUAGGACGAGCUGGCUCCGGGAUGAUUGCACAUAAGAAGACACUGCAUGCACCUUGCAAACAUACAGAA